AGUGGAUUUCCUUGGGAAGACUCUUGACGGCGCGCGCGCUCGAAAUGCAUUCUGCGUACCUGCUUGGACAUUUUCGCGCCUCUCACUCAGAAACACCAGUUCCGCUGUCGGCGAAACGGGGUAGCGGGCAGGCCGCGACGAGAGACGAGGGAAAGCGUGCUCAAAAAGCUUCCACUACUGGUUCGGGUCUCGGCGAGAGGGACGGGACGACUAUGCGAGAGAGACGGGACGACUCUGGGAACGAGGACAGGCAACAACGCUAGUAGUGGCAGACACUUCCUGCGCUCCUUUUCGAGCGAUAUCGCCGCUUCGCCUCUCAUCGUUUACCCGACUUCUUGCCCCCCGUCCUUGCGUCCAGCUUUUUCCGGACGCACCCGCAGAGAGAACGGUCGAGCUGUUUUGUCACGAAGCCCGAGGAAAACUCGGGAAAGUGGCACAUUCCGUGUCAGCUUCCGUUUACACUGCGACUGCGACUCUUUGGGUGUACAUACACUCCGACUCUACACCGCUUUCGUUUUGGCUUCGGAUUCGUUCCACCCUCGUCGGUCAUUCCAUACCGCUUACUACUAAACUUCGUAUGCUGAGGCUGAUCUCGUUAGGCUCUUGGUGUAUACCUUCCUGGAUCAGGGAAACCCCGGAUGCUUUCUCGUUUCCCUACUCUUCUUUUCGAGAAACAUCGUCCAAAGCGCGACGGCUAAACGGGACACCUGCGUACCGCCAUCGACGUCGUCAUCCCCUUUCAAUCUGUCCGAUCCACCGGCAAGAUUUGUGCCAUUUGCGCUUCUCUCUCUCUGUCACGUUCCGUCGAGUUGCGUUUCUCCGCGCGCAAACCGUAUCGCGGCCCAGUCGCUCCGCCGCACCGGCAGUUCCAUCCCUCGUUGACUUAAGCAGCCAUCGCCUGUGCGCACUUUCGCGACAUUUCGAGACCGUUUUCUAGGGCGUUUGCCUUUUCUUAGCAGGGCGUGCAGGCACAAGGGCAGACACGCACCAUCCACGUUCUAGGUGAAACUCUCCUUUUGUAGUCCAGCGUCUCUCGCUUGCUACUCCCCGUACCUGCCGUCUCUUUUCCUCGAGUUUUUUCUCACACUCCCCCUCUUUCUUUUUGGCGUUUGACCCCCACUUCUCACGAGUUGAACUUGCAUCCCGAUCCUGGCUUUUGGCGCCCCAAAUCCCGUUUGUCUUUCGGGCCGCGUCAACCGCAACCUCCCCGUCGUUCGUCCCGCGCCUCUUUGCCCAAGGUCCACCAUGUCGGCAGACGUCAGCGGAACGCCGGCGGUCCCGGCGUCGUUCAUCGCGUCUGCGGUCGCGGAGAAGGAGGAAGAGAAGCAAUCGCCUCCGUCGGCGUUCCAGAUUCGCACGAACUCGGGCGUUCCGGCGCUGGGCAUGUCGCAGACUGCUGGCGCGAGCGUGGGCUCAAACGGAGCGUCCGGUGUCUCCGACAUCGGUCUGUUGCGCGAUGAAGCGGCUUCUGGCCCAGCAGACCCGCGCUCCUUUGGGGCGGUGACCCGCGACCGAACCGUGGGGGUGGCCUCGGACGCCGCGCCCCUCGCGUCUGCGACAGGUGCAACUGAAGUGGUGAAGAUCAAGGUGGUGAUUUACGGGGGCCAAAAUAUGGACGGGAAGAAGUUGUAUUGCAAGUUCUACCACGGCAGCUGCAAACACAAGACGUCCACGGCGGUCGCGCGCCGGAACCCGGAGUGGAAGGAGUGGUUUUCCAUCACGCACUUGGUGAACAAACAGUCGCCUAUCCUCCGCAUCGAGAUAUGGGGUGGCGGAUUCCUCGGCAAAGAAGUCAAGGGAUUCUGCGACGUCGACCUGUCUCCGGUUCUGCACGACCAUGUCCUCAUCGAUGGCUUGUACGAUGUGCGCGGGUGCGGCGGCCAGCUCCGCGUGAAGCUAAUCAACAUGGAUCUCCUGCCUCGCUGGGAACGAACGAUUGCGGCCGAGGCCGCUCUGCAUGCAAUUGGCGAAGAAGAUCCUGAAGGCGUCCUCGCUCUCAUGGUCGAUGACGUCAAACGCAUGUUCCCCGCCGUCCCGUACAAGGAAAUCGCUCUCACGCUCCGAGCCCACGACUGGAGGCGGGCCUUUGCCACCAACGAACUGAAAAUCACAGGCGCAAAGAGAGCCCAAACCACCGCGAACGUGAGAAAGCAGCGUUACAUCGACGUCGGUGACCCUGGCGAAGGCUGCGUCGCUCUCGGCCUCGGGGCCGACGUCGGCGGGAAACACGAAUCUUUCAUGGAAAGGAAGAAACGGCAGCAAAUUCGCGAGGUGGCGAAGAUGUUGCCAGAUGUCGAUCUGGACGAAAUCGAACACACACUGCGAACAAACAACUGGAACGUUUGUGGCGCGGUUGACGAGUUGAUUCUCGCACAUCGCGAAACUGACAUGCCGACAGAAAAGAAGGGCGAUGGCGUGCGAAUCACCAGACUCGAUACGACCGCUCAAGCUGGCGGAUUCGUGGCACUCGAACAACACAAGGGUAGCUUGGAAGUUCGCCACUCGUCCGCUCUUCCUCCCCAGCGAGCAGGAGUUGGCGAGAAGAGAUUCCGACAACGCGUCAUGAUGUUCGAGAAAGAAAAAGACAAUCAGUCUGGCUCGGUGUAGACCCAGCAGCAUCCCACGCUUCUUGUCUGCAAAGAGAGGGAGUAUCUUCUUUUUUGCCGUUGUUUGUGUUUUAGGGGAAAGACUGAAGACUCUUUUUUCUUGCAAUGUGUAAAUUUGGUGACACUACGGACUUGGUGUCAUGUACACGUUCCCUUCGGAGGGCCGACGUCUUCAGAACCUUUCCGAAGUUUUUUUGGGGGACUGCAGCGAGUUUGUUGUUCAUCGCUUCACGUUCAGGAGGCGCAAGGGUCGGGAGAGAACACCGAAAUGGCAGGCAAGGCGCCUGUCUCUCGGCUUUCUCUACCCCAGGAUGAAAUUUUUUUGUCGUAGCUGCUGCUCGCUUUUUCGAACUGUCUGUCACUCUCGUCGCGGCAUACGUGUCUUCUCGUCGACGGCUUUUCUGCACUCUUCCUGGAGAGAUGUGAUGCGGGCCUCGGCGAGAUGAUCCUCUUUUGAAGGAACCUGUUGAGGAUUUCUGGUCAAGACUCGGCAUGAGGGUGCGAUGAGUUCCCGUUUGUUUCUUUCUCUUUCACAUGGCUGCGUGGAGCCUCUCAAGGCACAAACAAGGGAGAAACGGGAGCAGAAGAAAGAGACGAGAAGAAGAGCGAGAGCAGCAGCAACCGAGAGACGCCGCAGAGCUGAGAGGAAAACAACGGCGAUGAGGUCCUGGAAGGACAGUGGAGACGAGAAAAAGAGGACAAGACAAUGGGCAACAAGACACUGAGAUGGCCCGUAUAUUUCUGGGGGACAGAAGUGGAAGCACAGGAGACCCCAACAAGAAUGCGGAAAGGAGACGCCGACUCAAUUGUUGCCUGAAUCGAGAGACCUAACAGAUGCUGAAAGGAGGCCGUCUCCGUGCGUCUCCUACUGUGAUGCGUGUGCCGAGUCCGUUGCACUGUCUUCUCCAUUCAGGCCGUGGACCUUCUCCCUCGCCGUUUGUUUGCUCAUAUGAAAUAUACAUAUCUGCUUCGUUGGUCGUAUAUAUAUAUUUAUUUAUUUAUAUUAUUUAUAUGUGUUUAUAUAAUACGUAGAUGCACAUCUGUCUACAGGCUGGUGUAGUGAGUUCGCCGUUGUCUCAGUGCUCUCGCGCUCGCGCUCGCCCUCGAGAGUGCCCCGGGUGUGAGCAUGGUUUUGCAGCAGUAACCGCAGUGGUGCCAUUUUUUCCACGUUUCUGCGUGCGAUGUGAGGCACAUGCUUAGGACUCUUCGAACAGCGCUUUUCCACUAUGUUGAUAUUGAAUCCGGACCGUUGUUUUUUGCUUUUUUUCGAUGAUGCUAGAAGAAGCUCUGUAUCCUACAACGCGCCGCAGCGACAGCUCCCGGCGAAAAGCCUUCGAAUCAGUGACCACUAACGCUUCACGUGACUGCUAGAACCAUUCAAAUGCAAGU